UGCAGAUCCGUGGGCAGCGUUCGGCAGCCGCUCUCCUGACAGGGAAGAGAGCUGACACCAGGAGGAGGCCCAGGGAACCCCACAUCCUGGAAAGCAGCUACAGACAAUAGGAGGAAACAACUCAUGUCCUAGCACCGCUUCCUCCAUCAGGUUAUGUGACUUGUUGGAUGCAUAUGAGCUGAAAGGGGGAAGAGUCACCAGGACAAUCACUCCACAGCACAUGGCGUGUUUGGAGAGGGGCUAAAGCACUGGAGCUGCGCAGCAAAUACCCCCCAGCAGAGCCGUCUCUCAGGACAGGAAGGAGAACGUUGGUAUGAACUGGUGAAAAUCUGUUGCCAGCCAAAGCCAGACCUGGUGAUUAUUCCAGACCACUUGAAGCCCUAGAAACCCUCCAAACUUUUGGAACAAAAUAUCAUUAGAGAGACGCUAUGUCGAGGCUCUGGAUUAUGGUCCUUGUUCUGCUGUGGAUUCCAGUCAUGGCCAUCGCACAGCUCCCAGGCAAUGUCCAGUGCCCUGUGAAUUGCUCCUGCUUCUUCUCCCAGUGGUUUGUCCGGUGCUCCAAUGCCAGCUUAUCCUCUCUUCCCCCUGGCAUCCCCAAUGCCACCGUGGAGCUCGACCUGCAGCACAACCAGUUCAGCACCCUCUCAGCAGGCUUCUUCCCAGAACUGGCUGAGAUCAGCAUCAUUUACCUUGGCAGCAGUGGAAUCCACCAGGUUGAGCCGGGGGCUUUUCAGGGGGUCAAGAAUCUGUACCAUCUCCACCUGGACAACAACCUCCUGGAGCAGGUCCCAGAGGGUGUCUUUGAGAAUCUGACAAAUCUGAUCUUCCUGCACCUGGAGCACAACCAGAUUGCUCACCUCCUGCCAGGUGGGUUCUCUUCUCUGAAGCAGCUCAGUGUCCUGGACCUGAGUAACAACCUGCUGCUGGAGCUCUCCGACCAAGCCCUUCACGGCCUCCCGCGGCUGCGUCGGCUCUACCUGAGUGCAAACCAUAUUACCAAUGUCUCCAGCAAAGCCCUCCCAGGCACCCUGCGGGCCCUCAGCCUAGACGGGAACCAGCUGGCGAGCGUGCCCGCGGCCAUCCGCACCUCUCCCAUGCUCUCCACUCUACAGCUGAGUGGUAACCCCAUCCGGAAGCUGACGUCUCUCUCCUUUGGGAGGAGGCUUCGGUCCCUAAGGCAGCUGUUCCUGGACAGCCUGGCCCUGGAGCAGGUCACCAACUUGGCUUUCACCAGGCUCCGCUGGCUGGAGCUGCUGAGCCUGAGGAACAACAGCCUGGAGUCGCUUCUGCCUCUGUCCUCCCUGAAGUCGCUCUCCACUCUGUAUCUGACUGGGAACAAGUGGCGCUGUGACUGCAAACUGAUCUGGCUCCGCACCUGGCAGAAGAAGGUGCUCCGGAAAGAACGCAGCCCCGUGGAGUGCAGCUCCCCGGGGGCGCUACAGGGACAGCUCCUGGUGGACAUAGAGUUACAGAAGCUGACUUGCCCACCUUUUGGGACGGACUCCACCACCCUCAGCCCCGCUGAGAACACGAAUACACCCAUGGCCAUUGCUCCACCCAGAGACAUACCUCUCCCAGGGGCUGCUACCACAGCUACUGCCAUGACCUCUGCCGCCCUGAUCACCACGAGGAGGCUCCCCAGCUCCACCACGCGCUCACCUACCUCCCUUCACCGUGUGCCGGAGAGGUGGGACCCAUGCUUAGCCGACCACAUCAGCAGCGUCAGCAUCAGGACAAAGGGUGACACCUCCCUGGUGGUUUCCUGGUCUUUCUCCGGUGACCACGACCAAUUUGAGGUGCGGUACACGGCCAGCCGGGAUGAGCAGGUGCUGCGGGUGGUGGGAGGGCUGGCCGAGGUGACGCUCCAUGAUCUCCGCAGGGGGACCGAGUACAGAGUCUGCGUCAUCCCCCAGAAUGAGAAUCUGCUGGAGUGCCAAGCCCCUGCUGCCCGGCAGUGCACAGCAGAGCGCACUGCCGGCCUUCCUAGUGACACACAGCCCGUGCAUGCCCCGCUCGGCCACAGCCACUCAGCCGUGGGUUUCGGCGUCACUGUCGCUCUCCUAGCACUCGCAGCACUGGCCCUGGCUGUCACCUACAGACUGCGGACGCGGCCGAUCCAAUUCCAGCGCUACUAUGAUGAAGAUGGGUCACCCCUUCAUCGCAGGAGCAGCAACCAAGCCAAGAUGACCACGGACCCAGUUGACGAGAGCAUGGAGGACGAGGACUGGCACAGUUAUGUGACAGCUGCCGGCCGGUGCCCAGAGGAGAAAGUAGACUGCACCGUGUCUGCCCCACCCAGGUUCACACUUACAUCCACACCCACGUAUGUGACUCUGUGAUUCUAACUGCUUCCCGGCAUCCUACGGCUGAGCAGGAAUUGCCUCAUGGGAUCUGCCACUCACCCAGGGACCUGACACCAUAGAGCCCCGAGGAGUAAACCAGACAGUUCUGUAACCGCCCCUUAUGACUGACAUGGACAAUAAAACCGAGCCCUAGAAAGUUGAGAUGGGAAAAGCCUGUGGCUUAGGGCCCUUUUUGUCCAGCCCAGUCCAUGCCCGUUCCAGCCAGUGCAGGGUUGCUCCCGACAGAGAAUCCCCAGGGAAGGUCUUGCACAGCCUCAUGAAUAGUUUUGAAGUGCUGGAUCUCCAUUGGGGUACCCAUGUGAUUCACAAAGCCUUUCACAGCCUGGGGUGAUGUAAAAAGGCAGGGUUGGUGACUGGUUUCCAUGACAGGCAACUUCUACAUGGCUGAGGGGUUGCUAUUUAUAGCAAAGCUGGACUGGAAAUCACAGGAGAACCCGCUUUUGGAGUCAAUUCCCCCCCUCCAGGGUGGAUUGUUUACAGCUUCUGCCACCCUCCACCCCCCAAAAAUAGCAGCUCUCUCUCUCUUGCUCGUUGUUUUGGCAUGUAGUUUUGCAUCUGUGGGGGUGGGGUGGAUAUAAGAAGGACCCAGAGAAGGGGAAAGGCAGAAACAAUGUUUGCAGCUCAAGUUUGACCAGAGCGGAGGCCCACUGAAGGCCAGGGGGGAGCUGCAGGAGCGGAGAAGGAAUUUGCACCAGUCCUGCCUAGCCCAUAUGAAAGGCAGGGGAGGAGAGUUGGGUGUUACGCGAUGGGGCGAGCGAGGAAAGAAUUGAGUUUCUGGUGCAGUAUAGGGUUCAGGUCAGUCGGUGCAUCUAGAACCCUGACAUCAUGGAGGAUGUGAAUUCCUAGCCCAACAAGCCGUUCAAAGCUAACAGUCACUGUCCUUUGCUGGUAGCAUUUAACCUUCCCGCCCACCCACCCCCACCACUGUCUUGGUGCAGGUUUUUUAAUGUUCUGUUUUAUCCAAAAUAAAGGUGGGGGGGCUUCCAAGCUAAAACAAAACAUCGUAUUUUCCAUUCUGUGCUUUGAAGCUCGCCCAUUUCCUGGGGCAAAGGCGAGGUUCCCUAAGACCUCUCUCAGCAUGAAUGCCUUCUAUCAACCAAGGCAUCUUCCUAAAACUGUUGGAGGGGUGUGCAGAACACUGGAAAAUACUGACCUUGCUCUGCUCUCCUCUCUGCCUGGGCUGUCUGCACCCCCCUUCCCGAUCACUGGGCAUUGGCCUGGCCCACACAUUUCAUUCUCACUCUGGAACAGCAUUUGAGCCUCUUCUGGACUCCAUGCCACUUCUGAUUGCAUUGGAUUUGCCCUAGCCCAUGAGGUGUAGAACGCUGUGGAAUAAUCUCCCAAGCCAAGUGGCGAAGGCCUUUAUAGCACAUUCCAUUUCCAAAGCACCUAAGCACCAUUCUUCCUUCCUCCCACCCACCUGCUCUGCGUCACUAACUAUUUGACAAAUGGGGAAAAUGAGGCGGAUGGUGAGUGGCUUGCUCAGUGCCACAAAGCAAUUGAGCAUAGCACUCUGAAAGUAUGUGGGGCAGACAGACAAGAUGUUAGGUUAUUUCAUCUUUACUCUCUAUUAAUCUAGAAACAAAUAGGACAAAACCCUCAUCAUUCAUCUCCCCUUUGUCUAUGUGCAAAGUCCUGGUCUUUUUCUACUUGCCCCUCCCUCCUCCUUUUAGAAAGAAGUGAUGUAUCACCCACCUGGGCUCCUGGAGAGCACUGUGGCCUAAAUAGUACAUCUCUGCCUUCCCUCUGUUUGCUGGACUAAUAAAGCACACGGUAAAACCGUUUCAUGCAGCUGUGUUGCUCUGCUGUUGUUAGAUGAGCUGGCUGCAAGAACAGCUGGUUCGACAGAGUUUGGAACUGGCGAGGGGAUACAGACACUCUCCACUCCAGGGCACCAGCCUAGCAUUGGUAGUGCCCAAAAGGCACGACUGGAUGAGACUCAGCCAGCAGCCUCCGGGGAGUAGGUGGCCCUAAGGACCAUGGGAGUCAGAUCAAUGGUCCGCUGAGCCCAGUAUCCUGUCUUCUGACAGUGGGUGGUGCCAGUUGCUUCGGAAGGAGUGAACAGACCAGGACAAUUUAUCAUCCCUUGUUGUCCAGUCCCAGCAUCUAGCGGUCAGAGGUUUUGGGCCACCGUGAGCAUGGAGUCGAGUCCCUGCCCAUCUUGGCUCAUAGGUUCAUGGACGCUAGGUCUGUCAAUGGCUAUCUAGUUUUUUUAACCUGGUUAUACUUUUGCCUUUCACAAUAUCCCUUAACGAGUGCCACAGGUUGACUGUGCAGUGUGUGAAGAAGUACUUUUUCGUUUGUUUGAAACCUGCUGCCUAUUAAGGUCACUGGGUGACCCCCUGGUUCUUGUGUUAUGGGAAGAGGUAAAUAACACUUUCUCCACCCCAGCCAUGAUUUUAUAGACCUCUAUCAUAUCCUCACUCUUUUUUCCAAGUUGAAGAGUCCCUGUCUUUUUAAUCUCUCCUCUUAUGGAAGCUGUUCCAUACCAGCCUCUGUUGGUGAGAGGCUUUUAAGCAUCUUGAAAGCUUGCCUCUCUCACUAACCGAAGCUGGGCCAAUAAAAGCUAUGACCUCACCCACCUUGUCUUUCUAAGAUCCUGGGACUGGCUACAACACUGCAUUCAAUAGUCAGUUGUCCGUCUUCAUAUGCUGUAAUUGAAUGGGCCUUUUGCAUUUAUUUCUCAGUUCCCACCUGCACAUUAUCAACUACUAGCCUCUGCUCUUUACUAGGAUAUAACAGAGUAUCCACUUUGGACAGGCACAUUCCUUGGGGGAGGAGCUGUUAAACCAUCAGCUCUGCCGCACCUGUCAGCUUCCCCCAGCCCUUAGUUUAAAAACUCCUCUCCGAUGUUAAUUUUGCAUGCCAGCAAUAUGGUGCCAUUCGCGUUUAGCUGGAGCCCAGCCUUCCAGCGUAGGAAGAUGCUGCUCCAAUGGACAGGUAGCCAUGUUCAAAUAAACCUGUGCCAACAGCCUGUCAGUCUUAGCCGCAGGCCAUGGAGGCUGAACUUCCCUAUACCUGGACCCAGCCUGAGGCUCACUGGCAGGGGAGGCAACAUGUGGGAAACUCCUAGUGCCUUAGCCGAGAAUUAACCUAGAAUUCCUCUUGCUUCUCUGUGACAAUACCAGGCACCUCCCCUCAGGCUGCCUCAAGCCAUAGGAAGACAGACCGCUUGCAGGGAGAUGUAACAGCUCUAGUCUAGUAGGAAAUAAAGAUCAUUCAAUUUCUCACUCUCCACAAGUACGCUUGACACCGAGCCCCCAAAUAUAUUGACCUACAGGCCCCACUGCCAGACACCUGUGGUUUCUGAGUCUCACUGCAGGGGGAUGGGUGGGUUUGAUGGGGUGAGAGAGGCGAGGCUUAGGCUGGGUGAGGUUUAGUUUGCAGGCACUAGUCCAGGUUGUACUAUUUUUUUAUAGUCUGUACAUGGACCUAUAGGCCCAUUUUACAUACACACAGCCUCUUCUCCUCCCUCCCCCCAUGGAGCUGGUACAAGAAACGCUGGCUUCACUACCAGGAAGUGCACUUUCCUCAUGGCAUUAAGUGCCUUAAGGCCAGGGUGAGGGAGGGGGCAGAGCUAUUACAGGAAGCCCAGAGCCACACCUGGGUGGUGAAGACACAUGCCAGGCACUCCCAUCUGAGAAACCUUAACCCACAGCAAGGGUCUAGCAAGCCUCCCACAGACACACACACACCGCCUUGCCCCAGUGGCUGUCUUGAACAGGACUACAGCAUGCAGGGACUUCAACACAGAAAGUGGGUGUGGCUAGAGGCCUCAGGAAAGCCACACCCCGCUGCAUGGUUCAGGUUGCUCAGGUGUGCCCCACCCCCUUGCUUACCAGCCUGCUGGCAGAGGUGCAUCACAGCCCAGUUACUUCCUGGGUUUAGUUCUCCCCACGGUCAGAGUAGGCCCAGCAUGCCAAGGCCUACUAGCAACAGUCCACCACUGUAGUGCUUCCUCCACCCAGGGCUAUGACUAACCUUUCCCUAAAGCACCUAACAAGAGCCGGCUUGCAUCCCAUCUGCAGCAUCCCACAGCCAUUGGCCCUGUGGUUCCCACAAGCUGCGGCUGACUCCACCAUGCUGCUAGAGGCCCAAGCUGAAGGCACGCAUUUGUCAGUGCCUGGAAACCUACCACACCCUUUGCAACAGCAGCAGGCAGCGUUUCACCCAAGAGUGUUGGCUCUGCCUUGUGCAGAUGGCACAGGACGUUGGCUCCCGCAGGAACUGGCGCAGGAAGAGAGCUCACUCACCCCUAGGCGUAUGGGGCACCUCAAGCUGUACUAUAAACAUGAACCGGAGCACGGUAGGAGCACACACCAGCCAGGGGUGAGAUGCUACCACCGGUGGUGCUGGUCACACACACCAGGUCACUGGACUAGGGCAGCUCCAAUCAAGGCCACACCCCAUGCAGCAGCAUGGCAGGGACAGCCAGCAAGAGUAAGCUGGGGUAAGAGUGACCACUUUGCCCCCAUGAAGCCUGUGCAGGGCAGAAAGGAUGGAGUCCCUGCCCCUCCCCCAAGACUGCAUGCGCGAACACUGGGCUUUCCUACACGCUAGGUUCAGCCUCUGCCCUUGGCAGAAUGUGCUGCUCAUCAUCAAUCACGUUACCGCUGCUUCUCCCUCAGAGGCAACUGUGUUUUUAAGGCCAAGCUGGGCCCUUAUCAGCUGUGCUAGAAGUGGAGGGGCUCCUUGGCCCCCUUUCCACAGCAAAGAUUUCUGACAAAACUCCCAGAACUGCACUACCGUAAUAAGGUAGCUGGGGAGCAGGGAAGAAGGAUGGAGAAUGAGCUGAGAGGCACCUUAAACUAGGACAUCUCCUGUCCUCUACUACCCCUCAUGAACCAGGAACCCAUCCCUGCCCUUCCCCCAGACUUCAAGGUGCAUAUGUAGGGUCAGCUGGGGUGACAAUCAACAGGAAAAAUUCAGACUGGCAGGGGCAGUUGUGGGUGCAGAGCCCUCACCCAUAUUUUAACAUGCUUAGAGACCCUCGGCUAAUUCUUGGCACUGAAGCUGCUAAGUUUGCAGUG